AUGCGUCUUGUGAGCGUGUAUACUCUCUGCUGGCUGUUGUCGAAUCCUCACGGCUCAAACAGCUUCAAAACGGCGCCAAGCCCCACAUUUUGGCCUUCUUUUCAGAAAGAACAUUUGCAUUCUACUUCUUUGAGCCAUAACAGAGUGCGCCGCCGCCCGACUCCACCUCCGGCUAGCGCCGCGAGCACGAGAAGCCAGCCAGCAGAUGGCGAAGCAAACGCUGCGUUUCUGCAGCUCAAAGAGUGGCUGGCUGCGAACGGCGGGACUCUGGAUGUCCAAGGGCUGGCCUUGAAGUCCGAUUUCGAAGCAGAGCCCGACAGCCUCGCCUGCGCGGCCAGCGGCGCUGGGAGGCAGCGGCUGUUUUGCCUUCGCCGCUACAGACGCAAUGAGCUGAUCGCCAGGGUCCCGCCGCAGCUGCACUUCAGCUGCGGCGCCCUCGAGGCCGUCGCUGGAUUUCUCCUAGGAGAGCUUCCCGCAGCGGCAGGCGGGGCUGCAGAGAAGCCGCUGGGUCUUGGGGAAACUUCAGCUGCGAAGCUGCGUCUGGCGCAGCUGCUGGCUCUGUUUCAAGAGCUGCAGAAGGCUGGCCUCAUGCCUGAGGCUUCUCAGGCCUCUCUCAGCGCGAAGAGCCCUACACAGCCUCCCCUGCUCUCCGGCUGGGGCCUCUACCUGCGCCUGCUGCCUCCCCCGUGCAAGUCCAUUCCUCUGUUCUGGACUGCUGAGGAGCUGCGGGCUUUGGAGCACCCCAUAGGCCAGGCCGCCAUAGCCCGUCUGCACGGAUUAUCGUGCACGUUCGCCCUGUGGGGCCCCGCGCUGCGGCGCUGCCUCCAGGCCCUCAAACCCGCGGCUCUCCCGCAAGAUUCGCAGCUCUUUCAGCAGCUCCUCGAGGCCUUUGCAACUGUGGGCGCUCGCUCUCUCAAGUUCCCUUCUGGGGACUUCGCCUUUGUGCCUCUCGUCGACUUCUGCAGCCACGACGCCCAAAACGCCAACUCCGCCCUCAGAUUUGCGGCGCCCACCGGCUGCUCCGCGGGCCCCGCGGAGGCGCAUGCAGCUGCGGGGGGCCCCCCGGGGGCCCCCCCGGGGGCCCCCCUGGGGGCCUUCUCAGGGGAUCCGUCGCGGGCACCCACGGGAGCUCCCACGGGGGCCCCCGAGGGGGCCCCCACGGCGGAUUCCACAGGGGCCCCCUCGGGGGCCCCGCCGGCGGAUUCCACGGGGGCCCCCUCGGGGGCCCCCCCGGGGGAUUCUACGGGGGCCCCCUCGGGGGCCCCCCCGGGAGCCCUCCUUGGCGCAAGUGGCCUGUCUGUAGAGCUGGUGGCCGCCCGUGACAUUGCUCCUGGAGAGGAGAUAAAAGUUUCCUUUGGGAGUUUCGACAACCCCACUCUGCUCCUUAACUACGGACUGCUUCCUGCGGAGAACCCCCACGAGAAGGUCUCAAUAGAAUUCACCCCUCAGCGCGUUUACUCCGCGCUGCGCGCCGUAGGCGCGGAGGUGCUGCUGCUGAUGAAUGACUUCAGCUUUUUGGGGCGAAUUGCAGUCAAGGAAUUAACUAAGAUGGGACUGGCACUCCCGAGGUCUACAGAUGUAAAGACUUGCGGGGCCCCCCAAGUCAAGUACAGCCCUUUCGUUACAGUUAAAGAAGACUUGGGGCCUGACGAACGCCUUCUAAGGGCAGCGAAGGUAAUUACGGAGAACGCAAUUUUUGAGGACUCAGCAGAGGGAAAGAGCAUCGGCUCCAGCGGGCCGGCAUGCGCUUCUAAGAGAGCGAUGGGCUUUGUGGUUUCCUUCCUACAGCAUGCUGUAUUUGAACAGUUCAGCACAACAGAAGAGGAGGACUUGAAAAUCCUGCGCGAUAAACAAAUCAUAAAGCGGGGGGGCAAGUUUGGUCUGGACGAAAUAAAGCAGUUGACCCAUGGGAUGGAAAUGGCCAUCCGUUUUCGGGCGCGCAGGAGGAGCGUGUUGUGUAGAGCGAUUGCUUCAAUAAAGCAACUAAUGGAAGAAAAAAGUCCUACAGAUUUGACGGAAAAGAAUUCAAUAUAA